AUGCAGUAUAUACCAGAAGAAAGAAUGGACACAGGAAAUUGUUCCUUGAAUGAAUUCACGUUUGUGGGAGUCACCAAUAAACCUGAGAUGAAAGCGUUGCUGUUCACCAUAUUUCUACUCAUCUAUCUCAUCAAUAUUCUGGGAAAUCUUGGUAUGGUCAUUUUGAUUAGAAUGGAUCCCCAGCUCCAUACACCCAUGUACUUUUUCCUGAGCCACCUCUCCUUCUGUGACCUCUGCUACUCCACGGCAAUUGGACCCAAGAUGUUGGUAGAUAUAUUUGGCAAUAACAAGUCAAUUCCCUUCUGGGGCUGUGCUCUGCAGUUCUUCAUUUCCUGCACCUUUGCAGAUUCUGAGUGUGUCCUGCUGGCAGUCAUGGCCUUUGACAGAUACCAGGCCAUCAGUAACCCCCUGCUCUACACAGCAACCAUGUCCAGCAGAGUGUGCUCUAUUCUCAUGGCUGGGGUUUAUCUGGUAGGAACAUCAGAUGCUUUGAUACACACAAGCUUGGCAUUCCGCUUAUGUUUCUGUGGGUCUAAUGAGAUCAACCACUUCUUCUGUGAUCUACCUCCACUUUACCUGCUCUCUUGCUCAGAUACGCAAGUAAAUGAGCUGGCAUUAUUUACUAUUUAUGGUGUCCUGGAACUGAGCACUAUCUCUGGGGUCCUUGUCUCUUACUGUUACAUCAUCUCAUCAGUCUUAAAAAUCCACUCCACUGAGGGGAGGUUCAAAGCUUUCUCCACCUGCACCUCUCACUUGACCACUGUUGCCAUUUUUCAGGGAACUCUACUCUUUACAUAUUUUCGACCAAGUUCUUCUUAUUCCCUUGAUCAAGACAAAAUGACAUCUCUGUUUUAUACCCUUGUGAUUCCAAUGCUGAACCCACUGAUUUAUAGCCUGAGGAACAAGGAUGUGAAGGAGACCUUGGUUAAAAUUAAAGGCAAAAGAUUGUUUUAA